AUGCGUGGAACAUGCGGCGUCUGCGCCGGCCAGCAGAUGAGCUGCCGCCGACUGGCCAGCGCUGCACGGCUUCGGGAGCAAGAGCCAGCAAUGCAGCCGGCAUGCGGGCUCCAUCACGGCUUGGCCGAGGCUUCUCUGCUCCCGUACUGCAACGCCCACGAACGAACCCUGUCUGCUCGUUCUGACGCGUCCGGGACGCCCGAGCUGCCUUGGCAUCGCGAAGGCUCCAGACGGCGACGGCAGCCCCGAGAACAGGACAGGUUCCUCUUCUAUCCCACCUCUGCAAGCAUCAGCAUCAGCACCCUGGGCUCCCUCAGCCUCGCUGAAGCAUCGUUUGAGCCGCUUCCCUUUGCCAGGAGCACUUCCCCUUCCUCUGAGCGAUCCUCAACAAGCCGACAGUAUCGCGACCUUACCUCCCAUCUGCUUCUAGCGUUUCCUUUGCGUCCAGCGACGCCCACCCUAGAUGGUAAAGAGAACAUGUCUCCGAUUGCGAGUGCACCGGCCGGGGUCGAAUUGGCGUAA